UGGUUCAGUCCGCUGGUCACAAGCUGUAGUUAACGUCCUGAUACUAACGCACACACAGACAAGAGUUUAAGUGAAACCGAUCCAAUAUGGGUCACGCCGUUUGUUUAAUUUUAACUUAUUUAAUUACAUUAACAGUGUCACAGUUUGUUCCACCGUAUACAGAAGAAUGUCGGACGGACAUGUAUCCACCAAGUGGACCCACGUUCAGAGAAACUGUCAGCUGGUACACAGUGGACCUGGAUUUACCACCCAGCAGCAGAUGGAAGGAAGUGAUUUCUGACAAAAAAGUUGAUAUUCAGAAUAUGAUUCAAGCCAUCAGAGACCUGGCUAGUGCCUUUGUGCCCAGUGGAAGACUGAUAGAGCUGGUGGACAUCACACUGCCUUUGAUGGCAGACACUCUACCUAAUCCGUUCAGAGAGGAGAUUAAAGGAAUAGCCACAGAGUCAGGAGUUCCACUGGGUGAGAUUGUCUUAUUCAACAUCUUUUAUGAGGUGUUCACAGUUUGCACAUCAGUUGUUGCAGAAGAUACUAAAGGGAAUCUGAUUCAUGGCCGAAAUCUGGAUUUUGGAUUAUUUCUGGGCUGGGAUGCGAAAAACAAGUCCUGGAUCAUCAGUGAGAAGCUGAAGCCCCUGGUGGUCAACCUGGACUUUAGGAGAAACAACCAGACUGUCUUUAAGUCCACUAACUUUGCCGGUUAUGUUGGCAUGCUGACGGGGAUUAAACCUAACACUUUUACCCUGACUAUGAACGAACGGUUCAACUUGGAUGGAGGAUACAUAGGAAUUAUGGAGUGGAUCCUGGGGAAGAGAGAUGGAAUGUGGAUGGGCUUUCUUACACGCUCUGUACUGGAAAAUGCGAACAGCUACAAUGAAGCCAAAACUCGUCUGGCUCAGACCAAGCUGCUGGCUCCAGCCUACUUCAUCCUUGGGGGGAAUCAGACCGGUCAGGGCUGCGUCAUCACCCGCUCCAGGACACUGAGUCUGGAUCUACUAGAAAUUGACUUAAAACUGGGUCGGUGGUAUGUCCUGGAGACAAACUACGACCACUGGGAUGAACCCUUUUUCCUGGACAACCGCAGAACCCCUGCCAUGAAGUGCAUGAACCAGACCACACAGAAAGGCAUCUCUCUGAAGACCAUGUACAAUGUGCUCUCAACCAAACCAGUCUUGAAUAAGUUGACUACAUACACCACACUGAUGCAGGUGUCUGAGGGACGACUGGAGUCCUACAUCCGUGACUGUCCAAAUCCCUGUAUGCCCUGGUGAUCCCGUCAGAUGACCACAUCUCAUCAGUCUUUUGGAGUCGUCUCUUUGGGCACAAUUAAUCCUGAAUAAUCUGAUCACGUGCAAACCAUUGCAUGUUUUAACAUAAGUUGAUUCGGCUUCACCCCUGGAAUCAAACCUCAGUGGCAGUAUGUUUGCAGAAACAUUAUGACGAAUAGUCUGACACUGUGGUGUGUCAGUCUAAGAUGGGGGAAAAGACAGGAGAAAUUGAGGGGAAACAAGUCAAUAUAUGCUGAUUCAGUCAGACGAUUACAGCAGGUUUCGAAAAUCGUCCAGAAUAGAUUAUAGUCAUGUGUCGAAGGAAACAAACCUACUGGUGGUUGAAGGUUGUGUUUGAGCUAAAAGCAUGUGAUCAAUCACAGGACCAAAGUUUAAUGUAAAACUGAAUUGGAAUCAGAUGGGCGUGGGCACAUGUUGGUACGAUUCAAACCAAAGUUUUGGGUUUUGUUUUUUUGUUUUUUUUUUUGCCUAAUAUUAAUAUUUGUUUCACCUCUCUUUGUUUAGAUGGAAACUGAUACAAAAGUGAUUUUUGUUUUAGUUUUCAAACAAAUGUGAAUUGAAUUUAACGUGGACUGCUAAAAUGAAUGCACACAUGUGAAAAUAGUUGUCAUGUUUCUUAACUUUACUACACUUUGUGUCAACUGAUUAUUUACCACUGAUUAAUGUUCUUCAUCACUCACGGCUUUAAUUUUUACAAAAAAAAAAAAACUGAUUUAUAUUUACAAAGGAAUUCAAUAAAAAAAUGUAUUGUAAUGU